AUAGUUAAUCUUUUUGCUGCAGACUUUAUUUGACCCUCGUGCUUUGACCAUAUCCUCAGAUCCCUGCUGCUUCAGCUAAUUCCCUUCAUUUUCUAGUCCCAGCAAAGUUGCCUUUAGCUAGUCGAUCCUCUGCUUGCUUGGAAAAAUCAAGACUAAAAAAGAAAGAUGCACAAGAGAAACAAUUCACAAUUCAAAGCUUCACAAGAAAGCAUGACCGAAGAGCCUCAAGCUGCAGGCACAAGUUUGGUAGGGAAAUUGAUCUGUUGUUGUUUGUUAAAUCCAAGUCCUGUUAUGGAUACCAGGAAUGAGGAAAUUAGUUCAAGAUCAAGAGAUGUGGAAAACCGUGCUUGUGGAGAGAGGCACCAUAGAUCAGCAGGUAAAAGAACUCCCACAACUUCUUUGCUUGAUAGAUCUAAGGUUUAUGGUAGAAAGAAGGACAAAGAGUUCAUUCUUGAAUUGUUACUGGAGAGAGAAGUAGCUAGCAAUGGUAGAGUUUGUGUGGUUGCCAUAGGUGGGGAGGAAGGAGUUGGCAAGACCACUCUAGCCCAGCUUGUGUACAACGAUUCCACAGUGGCCAACGCUUUUGAUUUGAGAGCUUGGGUUUUUGAUUCAGAAGAUUUUGAUGUGCGGAGCAUAACAGGGACAAUCCUCCAGGAAGUUACCAAGGAUCAGGCUUGUAAGCUCAGUGGAGAUUUGAAUUUUCUUCAGGUGAAGCUAAGAGAGAGACUUUCUGGAAAGAGAAGUUUAAUCGUGUUAGAUGAUGCUUGCAAUGUGGGCUAUGACCAAUGGGAUCUUCUACGCCAACCCUUUGCUGGUUCUGAAGUUAAAAUAGUUGUCACCACGCGAAACAACAGUGUCCCACGAAUCAUGGCUGCCAUUUCCACUCGCCAUCUAGAGGUGUUAUCAGAUGACGAUUGUCUUUCAGUGUUUUUAGAUCAUGCACCGCCAGAACUGAAGUUCGUCGACGCAGAUCCGAAGCAGCAAGCAAUAGUGGCAAAAAUAGCAAGCAAAUGUAAAGGCUUACCACAGGCUGCAAAAUAUCUGGGGGGAAGACUGCGCUCUGCUCACUGUACUCAAUGGGAGAAGAUAUAUAUAUCGAAUUGUGAGAUAUAUAUUUGAGGAUGAGUGGCAGGGACUGACAAGAUUAAUAACAUGAUAAUUAAGAAUGCAUGUUUAUCCAGCCAAUCUCUCAAAGGAGAUGUUCGAGAGUUCUUUUGCUCAUGUUUUUUUCUGCGUUUUUUUAAAAUAUUUUUAGUUUGAAAAAACAUAAA